AUGACAACCCAUGAAUCUAUAGAGUAUGUUAUUCUGUGUUAUUUUAUCAUUGCAGAUUUAGCAUACGUUGUUGCGAGUCUGUUUGCAAUGUUGAUAACUGCUGUUUCCCUCAUCAUUAUGACCAAUCAUGUUGGACCAGCUCAAUAUAGUCCCAUCAGAAUUAUAAAUGAUACUAUACGAAAACACCAGGUGUCUUCAAAUAAUGUCAUAGGUACCAUAGAUCUAGACAAAUCAAUGGAGACGCCAAAUUCCAAAAGAAAAACAUAUAUCUCCAUAGCACAUGCAGAAUGGAACACUUCGUCACUAUUGACUUGGAGAAACAUAGUUCCAUCUUUAAAAACUGUCAAUACAGGAAUGUCGAAGUUGUCUUCUGUUGCCAAAACUACAUUCCUCCCAGUAUCUACCACAACAAAUAUGUCGAAAGAGUUUUAUGUGUGUGUUAAGUACAUAGGAAGAAUUGGGAAUAAGUUAUUUCAGUUUGCAUCAGGCUAUGGAAUUGCUGCCUCUAAAGGUAUGAAGUUAGUAGUCGGAGUAAAUGAUAAAAUUUACCAAAUAUUUCAAAUAAAAGAUAAUAAAAACAUUCUCAUCAGCACAUACAAACACGAGUGUGACAGCGCAAUAUUUCGUAGAGAACAUCAAGCGAGUGCAUAUGAUGAAAAUGUUGAAGAUUUUAAACCAAAUGCAACAUAUAGAGUGGGGCGAUAUUUACAGUCAUGGAAAUAUUUUCAUAAUGUAUCACGUGAACUACGAGAAAUCCUCAGGUUUAGGAGCCACAUUCAGACAAAAGCAGAUAACAUCAUGGAAAAUAUUUUAAGGAAAUAUAAUACAUCCAGGGAGACUGUUACUUUGAUCGCUAUCCACGUGAGACGUGGUGACAUGGUCAACUCUGGACAUGGCUAUUUGGUUGCAACCAAGGAGUACUUUGAAAAAGCAAUCCAAUUCUUUAGCAGUUACCUCAGUCCAGUUUAUGUUGUUUGUUCCAAUGGUCUGGCUUGGAGUAAAGCAAAUAUGCCAAAAAACUACACGGUCGAACUUAUCUACGGGAAUUCCCCGGAAGAAGAUUUGGCUUUAAUGGCGUCUUGUGAUCACAUGAUAUCCUCAGUGGGUUCCUACAGCUGGUGGGCUGGCUGGUUCACAAACGGAACAGUGACGUAUUACAAAUGGCCGAUUGUGGAAGAUUCAAAACGUCGAAUUGCCUAUAGCUCAGACUAUAUGGAUUAUUUCUAUCCACACUGGAUAGGACUAUAA